AGGAGGAGGAGGAGGAUGAUAAAUGAUUGGCCAGGCGGGAGACUGGUAGUCCGGAGGUUCUUCCCCGUGUUCGUGUUUACACCUUGCUGCCCGGGACGAGGCGAGGCGCAUGGGGUUCCAGAACCAACUCGGGAGUUGAGUCUUUGGGGGUUUCGUGAUUUUUUUGUAGCGGCUAACCUGGCAGCUUCUCCCAGUGGCUUUGUUUGACUGCUUAUGAGCAACUUUUUCAUAGCAGGGAACUGGAUUUUCUCCUCUUUUUUAAAUGUGGGUUCUCGACUCAGCGCAGCGAUGCGUCAAAGUUUUUGGUGACUCUGUGCACCUUGGCGCUUAUGACUCAGUCAGGUAGAGCAGAUCCGGGAACCAGGUAAUCUUGGAACUCCAUAGGUGGUUUGUUUCUUAUAAAGUACCUCUAAAACGGAAUUAAAGUCAUUUCAGUCUCAUCAAUGACUCUCCUCUGGGUGAUGGAUGUGUUUUAAGCGUCGCUGUUUGCGCCAACGGACUAAUCGCUGAACCAGCCAAGGUUUUUUUUGCGGCGGGUCUAAAUUCUGAGUUUAAUUGAAGCAGUGCCGAUCGUGUCGGACGGGAGCCCCGUGGUGUGGAGCAGCGGAGACGGCGCGCGUACCCGGAAAAGAUGCGCUCUUCUGAGAUGCAGUGUGAGCAAGCGGUCGGUCCUCUGGUUCUCCUGCUCUUGGUUUGGGGAUGCGUCGCGUCUGGCACCGAGAGCAGCGACUACAGCGAAGCCGAGGUUCUCCCCGACCAGUUCCCGUCAGCGCCAGCGGAACCCCUCCCAGAAUUCCUGCUGGAACCUGAGGACGGAUUCAUUGUAAAGAACCGGCCGGUCCAGCUGCGCUGCCGGGCGUCCCCGGCCACCCAGAUCUACUUUAAAUGUAACGGAGAGUGGGUCAAUCAGAAUGAUCACAUCACCAGAGAGAGUCUGGACCAGAUCACAGGUCUGGUGGUGCGAGAGGUGGACAUCUCAGUAUCGAGGACCCAGGUGGAGGAGCUGUUUGGGCUUGAGGACUACUGGUGUCAGUGUGUGGCCUGGAGCUCAGCCGGCACCACCAAGAGCAAUCGCGCCUAUGUUCGCAUUGCAUACCUGAGGAAGAACUUUGAGCAGGAGCCUCUGGGGAGGGAGGUGCGGCUCGAGCAGGAGGUGCUGCUGCAGUGUCGGCCCCCAGAGGGCAUGCCUGCUGCGGAGGUGGACUGGCUCAAGAACGAGGAUGUCAUAGAUUCGUCACAGGACUCUAAUUUCCUGAUCACGAUUGAUCACAAUCUGAUCAUCAAACAGGCUCGACUCUCGGACACGGCCAAUUACACGUGUGUUGCUCGAAACGUGGUGGCCAAAAGACGGAGCAGCACGGCCACUCUUAUUGUUUACGUGAGCGGAGGCUGGUCUUCUUGGACUGAAUGGUCCGAGUGUAACGCUCGUUGUGGGCGGGGCUGGCAACGUCGAACACGCAGCUGCACCAAUCCUGCCCCUCUGAAUGGAGGAGCCUUCUGUGAGGGCCCGCCAGUGCAGAGAGUAACUUGCACCACGCUCUGCCCAGUGGAUGGAGGUUGGACGGAGUGGGCGAAGUGGUCCGCCUGUGGGACGGAGUGCACGCACUGGCGCAGCCGUGAGUGCCAGGCCCCCCCACCCAUAAAUGGAGGGAAGCACUGUAGUGGAGGCAUGAUGGAGAGCAAAAACUGCACAGAGGGGCUGUGUGCAAGAAAUAAAAAGAUCUCAGUUGAACAUGCCAGCCAUCCGCUGGCUCCAGGUAUGGGAGUAGCGGUGUACACAGGCUUGGUGGUGGCGCUGCUGCUGAGUGUUGUAAUGGCGCUAUGCGUGGGCGUGCUCGCAUACCGCCGCCGAUGCCGCCAUCUCCACGGCGACAUUACUGACUCUUCGUCUGCCCUGACCGCUGCGUUCCACCCUGGCAACUACAAACCUCCCAGACAGGAUAACCCGCUGCAUCCCUCAGCUCCUCCGGAUCUGACAGCCACAGCAGGCACUUUCCGGGGUCCGCUCUUCUCUCUGCCCCAGGGGGUCAACGACAGCCCGCACAAAAUCCCCAUGACCGACUCGCUGUUGCUGGACCCACUUCCCAGUCUCAAAAUCAAGGUGUAUAACUCCUCCACAUUAUCCUCCCUGGAGCUGCCGGCCGACAUGAGCUUAAGCGAUGGUGAAAUCCUCAGUUUGAAGUCAGUUGGCACGGUGGGUCGAGAGCGAGAUUAUCACAGCCACACUAUGUCCAGAGAGCCUGGGCUGAGCACCAGCGCCACCUUGGGAAAUCUGGGAGGACGCCUCACCAUCCCUAACACAGGUGUGAGCCUGCUGGUCCCGCCUGGCACGAUCCCACAGGGGAAGUUCUACGAGAUGUACCUCAUUAUUAACAAGUGGGAGAAAACAACGUUGCCAUCUGAGGGCAGUCAGACUGUACUUAGUCCCGUGGUGAGCUGCGGCCCUUCUGGGAUGCUGCUAAACCGGCCGGUGGUCCUCACUCUGCCCCACUGCGCCCAGCUGGACACGCCCACACCUGACUGGACCCUCGCGCUCAAAACACAAACACACCAGGGAGCAUGGGAGGAGGUGCUGACGGUAGGAGAGGAGACUUUGUCGUCUCCGUGCUACCUACAGCUGGAAGAGGAAUGUUGUCACGUCCUCAUGGAGCAGCUGGGAACGUACGGGCUUGUCGGCCAAUCCUGCCCUCCUCGACCUGCCUGCAAGCGCCUGCAGCUGGCUCUGUUCGCCCCCAGAGCGCCAUGCCUCUCUCUGGACUUCAGCCUCCGGAUCUACUGCAUCCACGACACGCCACACGCACUCAAGGAGGUGCUGGACUUGGAGAGAAGUCUUGGGGGAGUUUUGCUAGAACAUCCCAAGCCGUUGCUCUUCAAAGACAGUUAUCACAAUCUCCGCCUGUCCAUCCACGACAUUCCUCACACUUACUGGAGAAGCAAACUUCUGGCCAAGUACCAGGAGAUACCCUUCUAUCACAUUUGGAGCGGCAGUCAGAGACCUUUGCACUGCACCUUUAGCCUGGAGAGAGCCAGCCUCGCCGUGUCGCAGCUUGCUUGUAAGAUCUGUGUCCGACAGGUGGAAGGGGAGGGGCAGAUUUUCCAGCUGCACACAGAUAUCCAGGAGACCCUCCUGCCUCACUCGCCGCUCCCGUCGGGAAGCCCCUGUCUACCUUCUUCACAAGUGGGACCGUAUGCCUUUCGCCUGCCUGACUCCAUCCGCCAGAAGAUCUGUGCCAGUCUUGAUGCUCCCAGUGCCCGAGGGUGCGACUGGAGGCUCCUGGCUCGCAGUCUGGGCUUUGACAGGUAUUUGAACUACUUUGCCACAAAGCCUAGCCCCACAGGUGUUCUUCUGGACUUAUGGGAGGCAUGUCACCAAGGUGAUGCAGACUUGGUCUCUCUGGCGACAGCACUGGAGGAGAUGGGCAAAAGUGAAGUGCUAGUUGUCAUGACAACAGAUGGGGAUUGUUGAUUGGUGCGAGGAACAAAAAAAGUAGAAGAAAAAGAGCAACCCUUUUUUGUCCCACCGCGGUGAAAUAAGAAUACUUGCCGAUGAAUAUGCACAUGUUGACACAAAUCCUUCAUCAGCAGAGCUUUUUGGUUGCUUCACACGUGCUGUAUUACCUCUGCCUCACCUUCUCUUUCAGUGACCCAUAAUCAGCUGCUGUAGCGACAUGUCAACCAUCACUAUGUUGGCCCGUCCAACUGCCAAAUGGAUUCAGCCUGGACUCUCCAAAGCAAUGUUGCAUCUGCAGAACAACAAACCCAUUUUUUAGCCAACUGGUGUCAAGUCUUUUGAAAAUUGUGUUAAUCCUGUGUAUCAACAAAAGUGCUUUAGGGUAAACCAGCUAACAACUAAAAUCCAUGCAUUAAGACUCUUAAAGGUGCAUUAAGUAAGAAUUUUACAGUAAAAUGUUCACAAAGAGGUCUAAUGUCUCAGUCAUAUUGGAAGGAAGGUUACACUGAAACAUGUUUCAGUAUCAGCCAGCUGGGGCAUUGCCAGGUUCUCUCUUUUUAAAACAGCCUCCAUACUUCCUGGUUCAGAGCCAAUCAUAUGUGAGUCCGCAAAGCUGCCAAGUCUUCAGCACAAACACAGAGUCUACAUUUGCCAGCAAAAGGCAGCAGCGCUGUGCAAAAACUGAAACCAGAAAACAGGAGUGACCAAGAAGUUAUUUUUUGGUACUUGCAUAUUUUUUGUUUUACACUAAUAUCGGGUGAAACAGGCUAGAGGCUAACGUUGAGCUAACAUUGAGCUAAAAAUGUCAAGCUUUUUUUUUUCAUUUAGCCACAAAUCUAUAUUACCAUAUAAUGUAUUUAUCAACAUAUCAACUUACUGCGUAUGACUCGUCUUCACUCGACACCUAGGAUCAUCUGACACUGAACCGUAACUGGCAACCGGAAUGAUACUCAUGACAGGCAGUUGAGAGCGGUCUCUUUUGUUUGGACACAGGGACUGCAGUACCCAUAUUUGACCACAAGAUGGCAUUCUUACUUCAUGCACCUUCAAUGCACAGAAACACAAAAACGUGGAGAUGAGGAGCACUUCAGUAGCAACAUGAAUGCAGAUGACCUAACAUCCCCACCUCAUGGCAGGGGCCUUUGUUUUGAAUGACAGGCAGCUCCAACCUGCCUGCAGCCACACACACAUACACACACACAAAGCGGGGACGUCUUGUCUAUCCAUUUUGGAUCGCUAUCGAACCCCCGAGGUUUCCGUCAUAUCACUUUUGGCUGUGGGAAAAAUACAUAAAUAACUAAAGCUGCCUCUUCUUUGUGGAAGGAGAUGAAAUAGCAAAGUUUGUUUUAGGACUGGCAGAUAACUUGACUGACUCUUUUUAUUCUACCAACAAAUGCCUCAAAGCCUCGGCAUAUCAUCCUGCCUCACAGGGGUGUUUCUCUUUCAUGUCUCCCUGCAUUCCUCCAGAACAAACUGCAUCUUCCCUUAAAAGUUUCCUUUGGGGAACGCUCUUUAAUUUAUUAUCCAUAUUUGUGGAUUGCAUUCAUUGUAUUUUCUUUUUUUUCCACUCAUUGUCAUCGACAGUAUAAUCAUAGAGAACAGGCUUUACCGUUUGUGCUUCUUUAGAUUUAUCGAGCUGCUCCGUACUUUUUGUUUUAUUUCUCACCCAGAUGUUUGGCACACAGUUGAUGUGUGUAAGGAAUAAAGAAAAAUGUGUUUAUCUUAUUUUAAAUGUUGCACAUCUAUUCAAAACGACCCAGUAAGAAUUCCUGGUGAGUUUAGCGUUAAGAGAUGAUUAUGGGAUAAAUUAGCCUUAUAUUGAAUUGAUCCGGCAGCACGGGACCAUGUACACUAAAUUACCUCAGCACUAACGAAAAUAUGUUGCAGUUUAUCCACUUAUUAUUGUAUUUUAUUCACAUUUGUCCCUUUUUUCUCCCCUCAAAUAGAAAAUGUAUUGAUUUGUUUUUUGAUUCUGGAGCUGCCUGCCUUUUGGUCGGGAUCCUCAGCUAGCAUUGAUCUGCUAGUCAUCUACAAAUGUAUCAUUUAUUGUUUUAUUUCCUCUCCCUUAAAAGCAAAAACAAGUGUUCAUAUCUUUAAAACAACAGAAACCAAAACGCCGGCAGUAUCCCUCCUCUUCAGCAGUGAGUCACGUCACUGUUGUGUGAAUGAAUGAAGACACGUGUGUGUGUGUGUGUGUGUGUGUGUGUGUGUGUGUGUGUGUGUGUGUGUGUGUGUGUGUGUGUGUGUGUGUUUUAGAGAGAGAGAAUGUUCUUUCAUGUGGGCAGGUUGAUGUUCUCAUACAAAAUGUGUACAUUAUUAAGAACUGUCUUUAUACGUGCUAUGCAAGUGCUAAAGAACACUGAAGCAUUUCAACUUCUUUUGUUUCCUGGAAGAGUAAAUCUAUUUUUUCAGAUCAGAACAUUGACAGGGUUUUGAUUUUGUAUCCUAAAGUGGUUUAAAGGAAGGUUACUUGUUCCCUUGGGAGAUGCCGGGCCGUGUACUGGAAGUGUUGGAUCACUCUCCCAGGAUGUUACAAACAACACACACAGAGCGGGUUCAGCAUUGGCGUUGGGAGUGCAUGUCCUGCAGGUCUUUGCCAUGAGGAAAUCCCUGACCAGACCCCACUCAGAACUCUUUUGGAUCCCCGAACACUGCAGGACAAUUCUCUUUCCUCGGUUCUUGUUACACAAACUGGCCAGGUGCAGACUACAGUGUUUAUCUGUCCACAUUUCCCGAGCGCCUGCUGGGUUGUCGGCCAUAUUGCUGGAUAUAUAUAUUUUUUUUAUUUUUGCCGGAGCUCUGCUGCACUUGAAGAUGCUCCUUUCAAAGAGGUGAAAACUCAGCCAUCGUUCAAGAAGUCAAGACAUUUUUACAGAAAACUAAAUGGACUCAGUGACAUCCUUUUGUCUCUGUAAUGUACCAAUUGUACAUAACUGUCUAGCCUUCUUACUUGUAACUAAACAUAAUUUUUAUGCAAUAAAUUAUAUUUCUUAGUUUAA